AUGGGUAGAAAUGCCUCAACAUUAAUAAAAAUUAUCCUUCAAGAUGUCAAUGAUAAUAUACCAAUUUUUGAACCAAAAAUUUAUAAUAUAUCUAUUGGUAUUAAUAAUAAUAAUAAUAUUGGAAUAGAUAUUAAUAAUUAUCAGAUAAAUACUUAUUUAGUUAAAGUUUUAGCUUCAGAUAAAGAUGAAGGAUUGUAUGGUGAUAUUAGAUAUGAAAUUAAAAAUGAAGCAUCAAAAUAUUUUGUUAUUGAUAAUAAAGAAGAUAAAGGAAAUAUUAUUAUUGUUAAAAAUCUUAAAGACUAUUUAAAAGAUAGUUUGGUAAAAAGUUUUGUAGUUGAAGCAAUUGAUCAGGAUAAUUUAAGAUCAAAUGAACAGGCUAUUGUUAAUAUUAUUGGAAUUAAUGAUCAUAUUAUACCAGAAUUUACACAAAAAUUAUAUACUUUUAAUGUUUCUGAAGACAUUUUACCUGGUAUCUCUAUUGGACAAGUCAUCUUACAAAAUUCAAAUGAAGAUUAUUAUUAUGAAAUUUAUGAUGGCAAUGAUAGUAAUAUGUUUUCUAUUGAAGAGAGUGAUGGUUCUAUUACAGUAUCAAGAUACUUAGAUGCUGAUCAUAAAGAUUCAAUUUUACUAAAUAUUGUUGGAAUUUCUAAAAAUGAUAAAAUUAGAGUUUAUUGUCAGGUGAUGAUUUAUGUUAUUGAUGAGAAUAACAAUCCACCAAUUUUUGAAGAACCUCUUGGAAAUAUUUUUGUACCAGAAGAUUUUCCACUUCAUGAACCAUUUUUUUCAUUACAAGCUACAGACAAAGAUAGACAUGAGAAUGGUAAAGUAACAUAUGAAAUUUUAGAUUCUCAUCCACCUUGUCCUGUUAUAAUAAGACCUUUAACAGGAGAACUUAUAUUAGCUGCUACUUUAGAUUAUGAAGAAGUUAAAGAAUAUGAUAUAAAAAUUAAGGCACAAGAUCAAGGAUUACCACCAAAAUACUCAACAAUUGAUAUAAAACUUGUCGUGACUGAUGUUAAUGAUAAUCCACCUAUUUUUGAGUCAUCAUUAUACUUAGCUACAGUUAAUGAAGAUACUGAAGUUAUGAGUGAAAUAAUAACAGUUAAAGCAAAAGAUAUUGAUAAUGAAAAAAAUUCUAAAAUUAUUUAUAGUAUAUUAAAAGAUUAUACAAAAAGUGAUGAAUUUUUUGGAAUAAAUCAAAAUACAGGAACAAUAUUUUUAAGAAAACCACUUGAUAGAGAAAUAAAUUUUGAACAUAGUUUAACAAUAAUUGCUACUGAUAAAGGAAAACCACCAUUAAAUUCAACGACAACUGUCAAAGUUAAUGUAUUAGAUGUUAAUGAUAAUCCACCUAAUUGUGCAUCAAUUGUCUCACCAUUUUAUUUAACAGAUGAUGAGGAGUAUGAUGAAAAGAUGGAGAAAAGAGACAUACCAUUAGGUAAAAUAAAUGCUUAUGAUGCUGAUGAAAAUGAAAAUGCCAUUAUUUUUUAUCGUCUUCAGCAGGCAAAUGAAAAUUUUGAAAUUAGAAAAAAUGGUGAUAUAUAUUUAAGAAGAAAACCAUCUGAAAUUUGUUUAUCCUCACCAAAUCAUAUUGUUUCAAUAAUUGCUGAAGAUAAUGGUAUGCCAUCAUUAUCAUCAGUUUGUUUAAUUGAAAUUAAAUGUGAAAAAGAAAAAUCUUUAAUAACAAUUUCAGAACCAUUUAUGAAAACAUUAUAUAUUCCUAGUAAAUGUUUAAAUAAAGAUGGAUGUUAUUUGACAAAAAUUAAUGGUACAAAUAUUAAUAAUAUUACAAUUGAUAAAGAUUUAAUUAUUAAUUUUCAUAAUUAUUUUAUUAUUAAUAAUAAUUCAGAAAUAUGGAUUAGAGGUGGAAGUGAAAUUAAUGAAAGCUUAUUAUUAAAAGGAAACAAUAGACUUAAUUUAUCUUUAUAUGAUAAAAAUAAUAAAAAGAAAAGAAUAAAUUUUAUUAUAAAAAGUUUAUAUGUACAGGAACUAAUAAAUGGAAAUAAAAAGACAAAUAAAAAUGAUACUAUAUUAUUAAAAUUAAGUGAAAAAUUAUUAAUAGGAACAAAAUUAAUUACUUUAGAGAAACGUAAUGAUAAAGGAAAAUAUUAUUAUAAAAUUCUUACAAAAGAUUCACAUUUUACUAUUAAUGAAAAUGAUGGUAGUAUAUAUUUAUCAAAACGUUUUAAUUAUAAUGACCAACAAAUUUAUGAAUUAAGAAUAAAAAGAUUUAGUACUAAUGAGGAUUUUGAAGAAAUGAAUAAUGAAAUAUUAAUUAUUAUUGAUGUACAAAGUGAAAAUUUAUAUUAUCCAGUAUUUUCUAAAGCUUUAGAAAUAUUUAAUAUUUCUGAAAAUGCAUCACCAGGAUUUUUAGUUGGUAGAAUUAAUGCUACAGACUAUGAUAGUGGUAUAAAUGGAGCUAUUGAAUAUAAACUUUACAGAGAAAAUGACAUUUUUUCUGUUGACAAAAUAACUGGAGAAAUAUUUUUAAAAUCAAAAUUAAAUUAUCAUACAAUGAAGGAGUAUAUUCUAGUUAUUGGUGCUUCAGAUAAAAGUAAAAGUAUCAAAGAACGAAAACAAUCUUUAACAACAAUAAUAGUAAAUGUUAAAAAUGAAAAUAAUCAUGCUCCUACAUUUGUUUCAAUAACAAAUGUUUCUGUUAGUGAAAAUCAACUAUCAUCAGAACCUUUUCAUUUUGUUAGUGCAAUAGAUAAAGAUGUUGAUUAUGGUAAAGUUUUUUAUGAAAUAGAUAAUACUGAAAAUUUUCGAAUUGACAAUUUGACUGGAGCUUUAUAUUUAAUUUCAAGAUCUGGUUUAGAAAAACAAUAUAUAACUGUUAAGGCAUAUGAUAAUGGAAAUCCACCAAAAUAUAAUUUACAAAAAAUAGAAGUUCAUUUUAUAUCAACACCAAAUAAAUGGAUUUAUUUUGAAAAAAGUGUUUAUAGAUUUAGUGUUGAUAAAAAUAUUGGAAAAGAACAUGUUACUUUAAAUAGUUUUAAACAACGAACAACAGAUAGGACAAAAGAAAAUAUUAAAUUUAAAAUAUAUCCUGAAAUAGAUGAAAUUAAAAAUAUUUUUUCUAUUGGUUAUAGAGAUGGUAUUUUGAAGGCAAAUAAAGGUUUAAUGAAUAAAAAGGAAUAUGAAUUUAAUAUUUAUGCAUAUAAUGAAAAUAAUUCUAGAAAUAGUGAUUGGACUACAAUAAAACUUGAGGUUGAAAAUAUUGAUACAGAUAAUGUAGAACCAUUAAAUAUUGUCUCAUCAUCCUGUGGUAAUGUAACAAUUCCAGAAAAUAUGUCCAUGAAAAAUUUUAAAAGAAUUUUUGUUAUUAGUUCAAAGUAUGAAAAUUUAAAUUUUAAAAUUGAAGCAGGUAAUGAUGGUGGUUUAUUUAAUAUUGAUACUAAAUUAGGUACAAUAAGUUGUAAAGAACUUGAUUAUGAAGCUAAAAAAGAACAUUUAUUAAUUAUUUCUGUUACAAAUAUGGAAAGUAAACCACCAAAAGGUGAUACAUGUGCUGUUAGAAUUUUUGUUGCUGAUGUUAAUGAUAAUGUACCACAAUUUCCUCAUAAUAUGAAAGAUACAAUUGUUUUACUUGACAAUACUCCUAUAAAUUGGAGCUUUAUGAGAUUAGAAGGUAAAGAUUUUGAUUCUGGUAGAAAUAGUGAAUUACAAUAUAGUUUAAUUGAUGAUGAAAAAGGAAUUUUUGAUGUUCUUUCUGAUACAGGUGAUUUAAUAUUAGCAAGUUUAAGAAAUGUACAAGAUAAAGAAUGGUCUAUAACUGUUGGUGUUCAAGAUAAUGGUGCAUAUAGAAUUCUUUCCUCAACACGACAAAUAAGAGUUAUAAAUAAUAGAACAAUUUCAUCAUCUAAUCAUUCUAAUUCUCCACUUUUUUUAAGACAAAAAUAUCUUGGAUAUGUAAGUGAAUCAUUACCAAAAGGUGAAUUUGUUAUGCAUUUAUCAAAUGAUAUCUUUACUAGUCUUUCUUUAAAAGAAGCACCAAUAUCUUAUAGUAUUAUUGGUGGAAAUAGAGAUUCUGCCUUUGAAAUAGAUAAUUUAGGUAGAAUAAAAACAUCAAAAGAAUUAGAUGCUGAAAUUGAAGAUCAAUAUUUAUUAAAUGUAAUUGCUACAAAUGAAUUUUCAAAACAAUUUUCAACAAUGGUUAAAAUUCAUGUUCUUAAUAUUAAUGAUAAUGUUCCAUUUUUUCCAAGUCAAAGACCAAAAACAAUAUCUGAAAAUACUCCAGUUGGAACACUUAUUGCUACAGUCACAGCAACAGAUGUUGAUGAUGAUAGUUUUUUAUUAUAUUCAAUUAAUCCAGCAAAUGAAUAUUUUGAAAUAGAACCAUUUACAGGAGAAAUUUAUCUUAAAAAUUCUUUAGAUUAUGAAAUUUUAAAAGAACAUAAUCUUGGUAUUCAGGCAUUUGAUGGUGAAUAUACUUCAAGAACAAACUUAAAAAUAUACAUAAUUGAUGAAAAUGAUAAUAAACCAUUAUUUGUUGGUGGAUCAUUUCAACAGAUAUAUGUUGCUGAUAAUUCUCCACCAAAUUCAAUUAUUCAUACAAUUAUUGCUAAAGAUCCUGAUGACGGUGAUAAUGGUGCUAUCAAAUAUAAAAUUAUUAAUGAAGAGGAUGAUUAUUUUUCAUUAAAUGAAAAAACUGGUGUUUUAACAUUACUAAAACAAUUAAUGGAAGGUACACAUUAUAUAAUGAGUAUUGUAGCAGAAGAUUGUGGUAUUAUAAAACAAAAAAAUAUACUUACAUUAAAAAUUCAAUCUAUAUCAGGUAAAGAAAUGAGAAUACCAACAUUUAAAGAUAAAACAUUAAAUAUAACUGUUAAUGAGAAUGCUCCAUUAUUUGAAACUAUUGGAAAACUUCAAUUAACUGAAGGUUACCAUACACCAAUUGAUUUUGUAAUUAAAGAUAUUGAAUCUGCCAAGAUGUUUUAUAUUAAUAAUCAAGGAUUUAUUUCACCUAAAAAUAAACUUGAAAGAAAAGUUAAAAAAAAUUAUUCUUUCAAUGUUUAUAUGUCAAAGUAUUCUGAAGUAUUACCAAUACUUGUACAUAUUAAUAUUGCUGAUAUAAAUAAUCAUUCACCUUUAUUUUUAAGUAACUCAACAAAAAAUAUAAAAUUAAAUGAAAAAAUACUUAAAAAUAGUGUUGUUGGAAGAGUUAUAGCUACUGAUGAAGAUGAAAAUAGAAAUGGACAAAUUACAUAUACAAUAUUGUCUGGUAAUUAUUAUAAUACUCUUAGCAUAAAUUCAGAUUCAGGAAGAAUUAUCUUUGAAAAAUGGAAUGAUGAAAUAUUUUAUCAGGAAAGAACAAAUAAUCAUGAUUUAAUUAUUAUGGCAGAGGAUAAUGGAACACCAAGUAGAUGGUCAACAACAUCUAUAAAUAUUCAGUAUGAUUUAAAAAAUUGGAGUGGAAUGAUACCAUUUUUUGUAAUGAAUUGUUAUACAUUUUACCUUCCUGAAGAUACUUUUAUUAAUACAAUUAUUGGUUCAGUUAAAGCAACAAAUAAACUUGGAUAUCAUGGGGAUGACUGGAAUUAUUCAUUAUCAAAUAAUCCUAAUAUUUUUGGAAUUAAUGUUGUUUCUGGUGAUUUAAUUUUAAAAGAAAGUUUAGAUUAUGAAAAGAGAAAUAAUUAUGAAUUUAAUGUUGUUGUAAAGGAUUCUAAAGAUAGAACAUCUAUAGUACAAGUUAAAAUAUUUGUCACUCCAGUUGAUGAAUAUUCUCCAGUUUUUAGUAAAUCAUCAUAUACCUUCCAAUUACCUACUGGAGCUGAUGUUGGUUUUAUUAUUGGAACAAUUAAAGCUACCGAUAAUGACAAAGGAAGUCAUGGAAAAAUUCAUUAUUCUAUUUAUGGAGCUAAUAAUAAUAUAAAGAUGAUUGGUAUUGAUCCAAAUACUGGUGUUCUAAUACUAAGAGAAUCAAUGAAAAAUAAAGUAAUUAAGGGAAAUAAGACAUUAGAACAUUUAAUUGUUGAAGCCUCUUCAAGUUAUACACAAACAUCACGAGUAAAUGUAUAUUUAGAAAUUGGAAACUUUGAUAUUUCAAAUAAUAUAAGUCAACAAUAUAAUGAUUUUAAUUACUAUGCAAUAAUUAUUUUAUCAUUAAUUUCUAGUAUAGUUAUUGUGGUAAUAAUUAUUUUAUGUUGUUACAGAUUAUGUAAAAAUUCACCCAAACAAUCAAAGAAACUUCCCACAAUUGGAAAUAAUGGUAUUGGAGGAGAAAAAAUUAAUGAUAUAAGUCAUUUAUCAGAUCAUUAUAAUAAUUCACCUAAUUAUAAUAAAUUUAUAAUGCAAGCUCCACCAAUGUUUUUGAAAUCAUCAAAUUCUAACUCAUCACAAAUGACAUCUUCUUCAAAUGGAUAUAAAGAAGGUGCUUUACCAUCAAUUGCUUAUCGUUUUCCAAUUACAAAUAUAAGUCGUGAUCGUUCUCAUCCUGAUUCAGGAAUUGAUCCUGAUGUCUUAUCAAUAAAUAGUACAGUAACUGAGUACUUGUCAAACAUUGGAAUAACUCCAUUAAGUAAAUUCACAGACACAUCAUUUCCAAAAAAUAAACAUUCUUUUUUGAAAAAUAAUAAUCCCCAGGAAUUUCCUGAUUUUAUGUAUUCAAAGAUUGAUGAAUUACUAGGUUCAAAUAAUGAUAUAACAUCACCUAACUUCAAAGCUUCAACAUUUUUAGUAAAAAAACCUGUAAUAAUUGAUAACAUAAUAAAUUCAAAUAUACCAAAAUUAAAUAAUUAUAAUAACUAUUAUAAUAAUAUUAACAAUGAUCCAGCGAUGCCACAAUUUAGAUCUCUUGGUGAAGUUUUCAGUAAUAUUAAUAAAGUCAAAGAAAAACAUGUUUAA